AUGAGUAAACAAUAUUUGGUGGUGGAUAAUGGGACGUUUAAUAUCAAAGCAGGCUUUAGCUCUGAUCAUGCUCUAGCACCUACUAAAGUUUUCAAUGCGAUAACGAGGACUAGAGAUGGCGUACUACAUAUUGGAAACCAGUUCAAGGCACAUUCCAAAGAUUAUUCUGGAAUACAGAUCAAACGACCAUUUGAACAGGGGAAUCUAACAUCCUGGGAAACAGAAAAGCCAAUUUGGGAUUACACUCUAGAUCAAAUUCUGAAAACAGAAAUUGAUGCCUCAAAUGUGCAUUUAACAUUGACAGAAACACCAUUUCAAUUACCACAAUUGUCCUCGAAUACAGAUCAAAUAGUAUUUGAGGAAUACGAAUUCAAUGAAUACUAUCGAUGCAUCCCUGCGUCGUUGGUACCGUUUGGAGUUAAUGAUUCAAGCGUGAAUUCGGAUUUCACGCUAGUAAUUGAUUCUGGAUUCAAUGCUACUUGGAUUGUUCCUGUCAUUUACAAGAAGGUGCAUUGGGAAGGGGUAAGAAAGCUACCAAUCGGAGGAAACUUACUCAACGGGUUGCUACGAGAAGUCAUCUCCUUUAGACAUUAUGAUAUGUCAGACGAUCCAGUACUUAUAAACACAAUUAAAGAGUCUACUUGCUUUCUCGCCAAAGAUUUUAAUGAGGUGUUGAAGAACAAGCUGCAGUACAAGUGUGAAUUUGUUCUACCCGACUUCAAGACAACAACAACUGGGUUUGUCAAAACUAAGGAAUCCAAACUUGCACCUGAUACCCAAUUAUUGACCUUGUACGACGAAAGGUUUACUGUUCCCGAGUCCUUCUAUCACCCAGAGAUUGUAUUUGAUCUCAAUAGAGCCACCGCGUCCAGCUCAGUGUUGCAAAAUGCUCCAAUCAAAAACUUGACAGAUUUAGUAGUUUCUAGCAUAAUGGCAUGCCCAGAGAUUACCAGACCAUUAUUACUGGCGAACAUUUGUCUCUCGGGAGGAACAACAAAUAUCACCAACUUCAAAACACGUUUGGAAAUGGAAUUGACAAAGGAGUUGCCUCUGAAAUGGCAUGUGAAAGUACACGACGAUUACGAAGAUAGACAGAAAGACGAAAUUGCUUGGUACGGCGGAAUAAAUUUAACCAAUGACGAUAUACUUGGAAAGAUUAGUGUUUCCAAAAAGGAAUAUUUUGAACACGGUAGUAAUUGGUGCCAAAAGCACUUUGGAUUCAAAAAUGUUUGA